AUGUUUCCAGUUUCAAGAUUAGCACUUAAGCGUACCGUUGGUAUGACUCCUCGCAUUUCUCUUUCUCGUGCCUAUCAUGCCAAGGUGCUGGACCACUACAACAACCCCAGAAAUGUUGGUUCUUUGGAUAAGAACGAUAUCAACGUUGGUACUGGUUUGGUGGGAGCUCCAGCUUGUGGAGACGUUAUGAAGCUGCAAAUCAAAGUUGAUGACAAUGGCGUUAUCCAAGAUGUUAAAUUCAAGACGUUUGGCUGCGGCAGUGCAAUUGCCAGUUCUUCUUAUGUCACUGAAUUAGUUCGGGGUAUGUCUUUAGAUGAGGCUGGAAAGAUUAAAAACACAGUUAUUGCUAAAGAACUCUCUUUACCCCCUGUCAAGCUCCAUUGCUCUAUGUUGGCUGAGGAUGCUAUCAAGUCUGCGAUCAAGGAUUACAGAGCAAAGAGACAGACCCCAACUUUAGGUCCUAAUGCUGUGAAUGCUAGUAGUACUGCAAAAGCUGCUGCUGCCCACUAA